AUGGUAACCGAUCAAAAGCAUUCAUCUGAUAGUGCACAGUUCCAAAGGGACCAGGUUAUCAGACGUACAGAGAAAACAGCCCGAAUAUUUGGACUAGACAAGCAGAAUGCAGAAGUAUAUAGUACGCUUUCUGGAGAAAUAAAAGCGCUAACAAAUAGGCUGGAUCAUUAUUGUUCUCAGCAUAAAAAGCUUAAAAAGAGGGUUAAACCACUAGAAGAACGUGUAAAGUGGCUGGAUGAUAAUGUAGACGAACUAUUUACUAUAGAAUAUUGCAAUUGUAGUAAAGAAUCCAUAAAUACUUCGUCCGAGUCCAGUUCAUCUGAGGAAUUCGAUUCCGAUCAUGCGCCACCAGAAAGAGAAAAUCUGACAAUAAGGCGAAGCCAAGAAGCUUCUUCCGCCAGAGUUGAUAUCAUUAUUUUAAAGUAUCUUCCAGAUCUAAAACAUGCUAGCGGUAUAAAUGACAUAUGGGAAAGAGAGGCGCUAAUGCAAAUUUCAUUAGUGAAAAAAAUUGUGAAAAUAGCAUACGCAAAAGACAAUAGUAUUCCUAGAGUAUACGGGUUUCUAGAUGAGUCUUAUUCCACACUAGGAAAGGUUAAUCUACGUAUUAUCUUAAAUGAUGGUGAGAAGCAUAAAAUCAUACCCACUGAAUUUAUAGUUACUGGACCAGAUUGGCCUGAUCAAUUUCCUGAAAUACUUUUGGGCUCACCAUGGAUGCGAGAAAAUAGUGUACGCUUAAAUAUGUAUACAGCAUAUAUUAUUUAUGGCGCAUUUAGGUGUUAUAAAUUUACCGGAACUAUUGGAGCGGAUUCUAUAUUUCCUAGUGAUAAAAAAAUCAUAAGCAUUGUACAUUCAUGCCCAAAUAUAAUCCAUUUGAGUUUCAAAAAUAGCGUAGGAUUUAGUAAUAGAGCAUUAGAACUGAUAGCAGGUUCAUACCCGAAUUUGAAGUAUCUCAAUCUGUGUGAUGAUAGGAGUUUUCGUACUCGAGAAGUAGAUGACGAGGGUCUAUGGAAAAUCGUGAAGUCAUGCCAUAAAUUAGAAUAUUUAAAUAUUGACUAUCUCACAGAGAUUACCGAACAUUCAAUUUGUGGUAUUAUUCGCUCCAAUCCAAAGCUCCAGCAUCUUGACCUUAGCUAUUGUAAAAUUACCGAUGUGACUAUCGAAGAAAUUGCUAGAUCAUGUCUCAAAUUAAAAUAUCUUAAUCUGAGGGGGUGUGUUAAUAUUAGCAAAAAAGCUAUAGAUCAGCUAAAUCCAAAUACCCAUGUUGAGAAUUACCGGGAUCCGAUUGAUAUUCGAGCUGAGAUGGAGCGAGUGAUAGAGCUAAUAUCAAGACAGCCUAGAGUUGUUAAUAUUAGAAGUCGGCUUCACCAGAUAUUACGACAACCUAAUUCCAAUAUAUUCAUGACAGUUGACUCUGGUGCCGAUCACUCCACUAUAGAUAUCAGACAAGCACCAAGGAAUUAUUCGAUAGUAUUAUUCGACGAUCUAGCUAGUCCGGAGAGAUGA